AUGCCGCAGCAGCAGCAGCAGCAGCAACUUCAACAGCAUCGACAACAACAGCAACGGCUGCAGCGGCAACAGCGGCAGCAGCAGCAGCACCUGCAGCAGCAGCAGCAAGAACUAAACUUAAAUUGUGGCGCUCAGCGGCAGGCGCUGAACAGGCGCCCUGCUCAACUGCAACAACUGCAGCAGCAGCAGCAGCAGAAGCUGCAGAAGCUGCAGCAGCAGCAGCAGCAACUACAACGCCACCAGCCCCACAAUCAGCUGGCUGCUGACGCUGCAGCAGCAACACCUGCUGCUGCUCCAGGGUCAUCUCUGCAGCAGCAACAACUGCAGCAGCAGCAGCUGCUGCAACAGCAGCAGCAGCAGCAGCAACAGCAAUCCGAGUUGUGUGGCGUAAGCACGGCGCAUGCUGACCGUGCUGCGACCGCUGCUGCUGCAGCUGCAGCAGCAGCAGCAGCAGAGGCAGCAGCAGCAGCAGCAGAGGCAGCAGAAUCCUUGAGCGAGCACUCGACUUGCUGCAGCGAUGCAGCAGUAGCAGCAGGACACGGCUGCAGCAGCUGCAUCUUGCGGCAUGUUGACAGAACAGCUAGCUGCUGCAGAGGGCUGCAGCAGCUGCUGCAGCAGAUCUCCCCGCAAGACCGAUGGUGGUGCUUCAUACCUUCUCUUCCGGACUGUCUAUGCGAGAAGGUUUUGCGGUUUGCUUCGCCUGCUCUUAAGGCUGCUUUCUUGCGGCAGGUGAUAGGGCAUUUUGCUGCUGCUGCUGCUGCAGCAGCAGCAGGCUGCAGCAGCCACAGGGAGCUGAUAGCAGUACUUGAGCCCAGCACCAGCCGCCUUGUUGCUUUCGGUAUGCCUACGGAUUGGCCGAGGGGUGUAGCUGCACGUCUUGCUGCUUCCUGGGGCAGCAGCAGGGGCUUCUGCUGCUCUAGACUCAGCAACAGCAGCAGCAACAGCAGCAGCAGCAGAAGCAGCAGCAGCAGAAGCAGCAGCGGGGGAGGUGCUGCAGCUGCAACACCAACACAGAAAUUGCAAGAGUUUGGUGGCGGUGGAUGCAGGUGCAGCAAAACACCCGCAGAUCCAGCAGCAGCAGCAGCAGCAGCAGCAGCAGCAGCAGCAAAAGGAGCAGCAGCUGCAGCAGCAGCACAGCAAUUUGAGCCCGACUUGCUGCAGGUCUCUAUCUGCCUUAUUCGACGAGCAGAGAUUCUGUUAGAUGUAAAUACUGCAGAUCCAUUUGAAGUGCUUGCUGUUACUGCUGCUGCUGCUGCAGCAGCAGCAGAUGCUGCUGCUGCUGCUGCUGCUGUUGCAGGCCACCAUCAAGGUAGGUCUGUACACCGCCGCCCGCUGCAUCCUGCUGCUGCUAGCAGCAGAAGCAGCAGCGGUAGCCCUGCGUUUGGGCCUCGAUCUGCUGCUGCUGCAAGCAGCAGCAGCAGCAGCAGCAGAGGGUCAUGUGGGGAUUGCAGCAGCAGCAUUAAGGACCGCUUUGGCGACCCUUCUGCUGCUGCUUCUGUUGAAGGGGACACCAGCAGCCGACUCAGCGUUAGCAGCAGCAGCAGCAGCAGCAGCAGCAGCAGCAGCAGGAGACGUGGAGGCCUCAGCAGCAGAGGAGACAGGAGACAGACCUUCUUCUAUCGAAUGGCAUCGAGAGUCAUCUCUGCUGAACAAGCAGCUUUCGAUUUCAGUCAGGUAACGUUUGGGCAUUAUUCGAUAUCGGGGCAUCGCACAUACAACGAAGACCGAGUCGACGCCAGAAAAGAACUGGACCCCACAUGUCCUCAUAAGGUAAACCCUAAACCCUAA